CACCCCCUCCGUCUGCGUCCGUAACUCUUAUUUCUCUCCAGUUAUGCAACAGCGUGUUAUACUGUGCCGCUUUUCAACCUAACCCAGUACAAUCUCAGCACCCGCCCUCUUUCAGCCCUGGUUCCGGCCACAUUGGCCGCUCCCCUGCUCCUCGCCCGCUGCUGCUCUUCGCUGUGCGGUCGAACGCGCUGCCAAUCAGGCGGUUCCCUUUUUUUUUGCUCAGAGUAGGUUGUUCGGCGGCUGACCUACUAACACAGAUCUCGGGCUCCAUCAGCAUCAGACAGACGGCUCUGUGAGGAGAGGCACGGCGAGGUUUCAAUGGGAAGUGGGAAAGAAGAGAAAGAGGGCUAAAAAGUAAACACAGGUGGACUUUCACCGCCCACGACGAGCUCUGCUUCGGCACUUUGCGGCGGUAGUUGAUGCUGCUUCGUGAGGUUAUCAAGGAGAUUACAGUCUGAUUGACGGAAAUGCUCAUCAUUUCAAUCGCCCAAGUGAAAAAGUAAUUUUUGCAGUUUUUUGAAAACAAGUUUGAAACUGAAGAUCUGUGUAAGAUUAGGGUCUCCAAUUUCAUUGUUUCACAAGCAGUGCAAGUGUAUAAAUAGAAACCUGCUAAUGGAAACAAAACUUUCACCGAGACACAUAAUAAUAGAAGAUAGUUAAAAAUCUUUCCAAGCAGUCACAAACACACAAAGAACAAAGCAGACAUAAUGGAAGCCCAAAGGCCAGCACUUCAGAAUGAAGCAGCAUUGGUUGGAUCUUGCAUUUCUGGGGAACAAAUGGUAGUGUUAGCUCCUGCUUUAGAAAAUGUGGCAGAAUCAUUUUCUGCAGAUGACAGUUUGCUGAGUGACGACCUGAGCAAUGGCUCUCUCAAACAGAAAUCUUCAAACUGCCGCAGAAAACGGGAAUUCAUACCUGAUGAGAAAAAAGAUGCAUUAUACUGGGAAAAGAGAAGAAAAAAUAACGAAGCAGCCAAAAGGUCUCGUGAGAAACGACGUUUGAAUGAUAUGGUUUUAGAGAACAAACUGAUGGCAUUAGGUGAAGAGAAUGCACGACUGAAAUCUGAACUUCUUGCCUUGAAACUAAAGUUUGGAUUAAUCACUGCAGCAUUUUAUGCCCAGGAGAUACAGAAUCUUGGAAAUGCUUCUGGGCCAUGCUUUCAAGACUAUAAACCCUCUAAUAUAAAUUUGCCUUCUUUUGCUCCCGAUCAUGAGCGUAGUUUUCUUGGAAAUGGAUGUAUUUCAGUCAUUAAACACUCACCACCAAGUUCAUUGUCGGAUGUUUCAGAAAUAUCGUCAAAUGCCCGGGAAAGUCCUCUUCUCCAAGUUGCAUGUAAAAGCCCCAAUGGUACCUUCAAGGUUAUAAAACAAGAACCUUUAGAGUUCAAAGUAGAUUCUGAGACUUGUUUGAGAGAGCCCAGAGAGGAUAGUGGUUCAUAUGUUGCAGCUGUGUAUAGAAACUGUAUUGGGAGUUCUUUCAACAGGAAUUAUUCACCACCUUCUAUACAGAUUGCCAGGUCAUCAAGUAACUCACCAAGAACAUCAGAAGCUGAUGAAGGCACAUUAGGCAAACAUACAUCUGAAGAGGAUGGAGAAGAUGAACAGCAAGUGCCUAAAGGCCCAAUCUCUUCUCCUGUAGAACCCAAAAUUGUGAACAAUAUCACAGUUAAGGUUCCUGAAUCAAACUCUUCUGCAUUGCCUCACAAGCUUCGUAUUAAGGCUAGAGCAAUCCAGAUUAAAGUAGAGAAUGUGGAGGCAUAUUAUGAAACGCCAGAGAAACAGUCAUCAUCAGCCAGUAAUAUUUCUACUAAAAUAUCUUAUCCAUUGAACAGUGCAGCAAUGUUUAAAUGCAAUGCUUCAAAUCCAGUACAUCCCUCCUUAGCUCCUUUGUCCAUUCAGGUCGCAAGCAUCAAUGAUUGGUCUCACAAACCAGAACUUUGGCGUCAAAAAGAAAGUGAAGAGAAAUUGGACGGGGCUUAUAAAAAUGUUCGCCGGUCGUGUUCCCCUGUUGUACUAACAAACCAAUCGCUUGCUGUUGGGAAAGACUCUGCCUACAUUCAUCAAGGAGUACACUUGGAAUCAGAAAACUUGUACUUAAAACAAGGCAUUGCAAAUUUAAGUGCAGAAGUUGCUUCACUGAAAAAACUCAUAGAAAAGCAGCAGGCUGCUGCUUCAGACUCUGGUAAAAGCACUACUGAAAAAAGAUUUGCCAACUGAGAUUGCAAACUGAAGUAAAGUAGUAAAUUUUAUAUUCUGCUAAAUUUUCACUGGAACUGUUUUGUCAUUUCACUGUAGUUAAAUUGUUAUUUCUUGCAAAUGCUCAUGUAUUGUCUAAAUUGUACAUUAUGAACAUUGUCUUUUGUGGACCUUGUGAUACACAUAGGUUGUACUGUAUGAUGAAAACAUUCAUUUCUGUACAUUCAAACACCUGAUAGAAAGCUAUGGAUGAAUCUUUCAUCCUUUUGUUUUAUUGGACAUCAAAAAAUGAAAUAUCAGGUACACCAAAUUAAACAGUUAAUGAAUAA